GUAGACAUGGGGUGUAUUCCGCAAUCGCCGCCAGCCCAGUAUGUGAUGGCCACUUCGACUCUGAAAUGUACACUUAAGUAUCCCUUAAGCUUGGAAACAUGGAGAUAAAAAAAAACGUUCGCGUCUUACAUCCGCCGAAUAUCUGCUGCUAAGCUCGUAUCUGGUUAAACUGCAUGUGACUUGCUGGUUAUACUUAUAUUAUCGUCGUCGAAGUCAACUAUCCAAAAUACAAAGCCCAAGUUUUCUGUACACGUUCUUCUUUAACCUGGUAGUACUUAUGCUCUUCCCGAGUAAAUAUAAAUAGAGGAGAUCAAGUGAGAGAGGAGAGGAGAACAAAUUUAUGCGCUCGCCUCAAUUUCCUUUUAUAAGCAGCCGCACUGUCGCAGAGAUAAUUCAGUGAAAUAAUUCAGUGAAAUCAGUGAAGUGUGUGUGUUUUUUGUGCGCCAGUGUCCAGUGUAAACUUUGGAGAUGCUCUUGCGCGACUAUCAGCUUAUCUAUAAGCUGUCGCGUGUACGAUAAGAAAAAAAAAAAAAAAAAUUAUGAAAGAAUAACUGUUGACAUUUCCACUGCAAUGAAAAUGAAGUUGACGAGGACGACGACGAUGAUGAAUAGUGUACAGCGAGAACAAGAGUUUUAGAGGACGGCCUGGAGAGUGGGUCGGCUCUCUCAUCAUCGAUCGCACGGCUGUAUAUUGCUUAUAUACCCAGCAAUCCAGCUUGUAUUGCUGCUAUUGUUGUUGCAUCUUGUCAUUAUUCCAUUGAGAAGGUGUACUACCAGCUUAGCUGGAUUAGCACGUAGUAACAAUGAUGGAGUUGAGUCAUAGUUUGACCCUCAAUGAGGAUGCACUUAAUCAAAUUCCUGAAGCAAAGAGGCCAGUUUUCGUCUUCGAAUGGCUAAGAUUCCUAGACAAAGUUCUAGUAGCCGCUCAAAAGAACGACAUAAAAGGAUGUCAGCAAAAGCUAGUCGAGCAAUUGACGAGGCACAUGCAAGGUGCGCCAGGACCGCCAACCCGGCGUCUGAUAGCCAGGUGCCUCGCGACCCUCUUCAGCGUUGGCGAUACGUUUUUACUAUUCGACACCGUCAACAAGUGCAAUGAUAUUUUAAAGAACAAAGAUGACUCGCCGAGCUUUCUGCCCACCAAACUCGCUGCGAUCUGCUGCGUCGGGUGCAUGUACGAGAAACUCGGUCGAAUGAUGGGCCGUUCUUACGAGGAAACUGUGCAGAUUCUGAUAAAAUCGCUGCGUAACGCGGAAUCCCAGACGCGGAUAGAGAUCAUGCAUACCCUGGAGAAGGUCUGCGCGGGCAUGGGUUCCGCCGUAACAAAUGUCCACAAAGAGAUCUACAAGGUUUGCAGGCAUUGCCUUACCGAUCGCGUUAUGGCUGUGAGAUGCGCCGCUGCUAAAUGCAUCUUGGAAAUGCUGCACCACGCGCCCUUUUUGUACACGACGGAAAUCGAGAGCGUGGCGACUCUCUGCUUUCGGGCUUUCGAAGGAUCGAAUUACGAAGUGAGGUGCGCGGUCGCCAAGUUACUGGGGACCCUCGUCGCGAUGACGCAGUUGCCGGCUCCGAAGGGACAGAAUCCGUCAGUCGUUCAAAACAAAAACAUCAAGCAAAUAUCGAAGCUGGAGGAGGUACUGAACAUCCUGAUGUCGGGAUUCCUGAGAGGUGGCGUCGGAUUUCUCAAGGGGCCUGGAGAAAUAAUCAAGGGCAGCUCCGGCGUAAAUCGCGAAGUUCGAGUUGGAGUCACACACGCGUACGUAAUAUUCGUUCAAAUGCUGGGGAGCACAUGGCUCGAGCGCCAUAUCGGAACACUUGUAGCACACGUACUGGAUCUCGUUGCGAAUCCAAAAGCCGCCAGUUCGCAUGUCGAUGCCGUUUAUUCGAGGAAAUGCAUUAAUUUUAUGUUGAGGGGCACUAUUGGCAAAUUACUUGGCGAGGGCGCCCAGGCAGCCGCUUGCAAGGAAAUAGCCCAUAUUAUUUUGAAACAGAUGAACUCCAUUGAUUUUAGUCCAGAGAAUGCAAAAGAUUGCAACCAGGAGACAUUAUUUGGUCAGCACCUGCUAGUCUGCGCGUUGCAAGAGAUGGGAAAUUUGAUUCUUGGUUUGGGAACGACUGCUUUCAACAUCUUGAACGACCAAUCCUUGAAUCUCAUCGAAACAACGAUGACUGUGCUAUUGCAUCCUUGCAAAGCAGCCAGACUCGCUGCAGCUUGGUGCUUGAGAUGCAUUUGCGUGGCUGUGCCAAGCCAAAUUACUCCGUUGAUUGAUCGAUGUGUAGAGAGUAUCGAAAACAUGAGAUCUUCUCCGGAAGCGAUUACUGGCUACAGCAGUGCGUUGGCUGCGGUCUUGGGCAGCGUGCGCUUCUCACCACUUGGAGUCCCGCAUACCAAGGGAAAGAUUAUAUUCAACACGGCUGAAGAGCUUUUGAGAAGCGCGAGUCAAAACAGCCGGUUGUCUUGGGACAGAACUCACGCGGGAUGGCUUCUCAUUGGAGCUAUAAUGACUUUAGGAACUGCCGUCGUAAAGGGACUUUUGCCUCGAAUGCUGCUGUUGUGGAGAAACUCGUUUCCGCGUUCCAACAAGGAAUUGGAGAGCGAAAAGGCGCGAGGUGACGCGUUUACGUGGAAAGUGACACUAGAGGGUCGUGCUGGAGCGCUGUCUGCGAUGCACAGCUUCCUGUUACACUGUCCUGAAUUGGUCAACGACGACAUAACGAGGCGACUGCUUUCACCUAUCGAAUCUGCUCUUGGAAUGCUAACUAAUAUGACGACCGUAUUAAAAUGUUACGAACAGCAAUUGAAGGCUCUAACAGCUAUGGUUCGUCUAAGGCUCUAUGAAACGCUACUGUUACUUCCGCCGCACACGUUUGAAAGUUCCUACACUCAUCUACUGAGAAUGUUAGUGUCGGAAUUCACACUGGCAGACAACCCUAGUAAUACAACAACAACUUCGUUACUCCGAACGGUGUGCCAUGCUAACGAUUCAGUUAUUCUCGGAACUUGGCUUCAAGAGACUGAUCAUCGCACAAUAGAAGACCAGAUGGAACCUAACAGAAAAGCUGAUUUGGAACAUUUGCAGCCCAAUAGCGCGGCUGGAUCCGGAGCUUUGGAACACAACUCAUGUUGCCUCUAUAGACCCAUACCAGCGGACGAAUCCCUGCCUGGUCCAUUACCUUUGGGCGUUGCAGUCAUCGACAUGUCAGUGUCUCUAUUUGGACAAAUCUUUCCACGAGUUGCCAACAAACACCGGCUGCAAAUGCUCGACCACUUCAGUGAAUGCAUAAAGCACGCCAAGUCGGGUAGACAGGAGGCAGUUCAGAUGAACGUUUUUACAGCCGUGCUCAGUGGGCUAAAAGGCCUCAACGAGGCCAAGACCGGCUUUGGCCAGGAGGACGUCAAAAAGGCAGCCACAAAUCUCAUCAUAGGAUCGCUUUCGAGCCACAAUGCAAUUUUACGCUGGGCUGCCGGUGAAGCGGUAGGUCGUAUGGCUCAGGUCAUUUCCGAUGCCAAAUUCACCGCGGAAAUGGCACAAACGAGUUUCGAUCGUUUAAAGUCGGCCCGAGAUGUGGUCACUCGAACAGGCCAUUCAUUAGCACUGGGUUGUUUGCACAAGUAUGUCGGUGGCAUGGGCUCUAGUCAACAUCUAAAUACCAGUGUCAGCAUUUUACUUGCUCUCGCUCAGGAUAAUUCGUCUCCCGUUGUGCAAGUGUGGGCAUUGCAUGCACUAGCUCUGAUAGCUGAUUCUGGAGGGCCAAUGUUCCGAGGCUACGUCGAGCCAACUCUUUCUCUUUGUCUGACCCUUCUGUUAAAUGUUCCGCAUUCGUAUAUCGACGUCCACCAAUGCAUCGGUAAAGUUCUGUCAGCACUUAUCACCGUCAUCGGACCCGAGCUUCAAGGAAACACUUCGUCAAUAUGCAUGGCUCGCUCCUCAUUUUUGUGUGCUUGCGCCAUUAUGCAGGACCACCAGGAUUCUCUUGUACAAGCCGAAGCAACGGGAUGCCUCCAGCAGCUGCACCUUUUCGCACCGCGCCACGUCAAUCUUUCUUCCCUCGUUCCUACGCUAUGCCGAACGUUGUCGAGCAAUCACCUGCUACUCCGCAAAGCCGCGAUAUCCUGCCUACGACAGCUAGCGCAGCGUGAAGCAAAAGAAGUUUGCGAGCACGCAAUGACACUGGCAAAUGAGAGCCGCGACACAAACGUUGUCGAGGGUCUGGUGAUAACGGAAACAGGCUUGCCUGGUGUCCUCUUUAGUAUGCUCGAUACCGAGACGGACAGUCAACUGAUCAAGGAGAUCCACGACACGUUGACCAGCAUGCUCCAAAUUCUCGCAUCAAACAACCUGUCACCCUGGCUGUCGCUUUGCAAAGAUGUCCUAACGGUUGCUACAGAAUCGAGUACACUUGAUGAAGCAGCUAAUAUAAAUCCUGAGGAAACGUCUGGUGAUAACGAGAAUGUAGAUGGUGAGGGCGACGAUGAUCAGGCUGAGUUUCACGCUGAUGAAUCUUCGAAACAGCGUCAAAUGAUAUCACCUCGCUGGCCGACCAGAGUCUUUGCAGCUCAAUGCGUUCGACGUAUCAUUACUGCCUGCGCAAACGACAAGCAGGUGCAUUUUGAUUUGGCUAUGGCUAAGGAGAUGCAAAAUACAAAAGGAAAAGGUGAUUUCCUCGUUUUGUAUUUAUCAGAUUUAGUUCGAAUGGCAUUCAUGGCGGCAACGAGCGAUUGCGACUCUCUUCGUUUGGAAGGAUUGAAAACACUCCAGGAAACCAUAGAUAAAUUCGCCAAAGUACCAGAACCAGAAUUUCCUGGUCACCUUUUACUUGAACAAUUCCAAGCUCAGGUUGGAGCCGCGUUGCGGCCAGCAUUUUCCGCGGAGACAUCACCUCACGUUACGGCUGCCGCUUGCGAAGCCUGUAGUGCUUGGAUCGGGAGUGGCGUGGCACGUGAUCUUAACGAUCUACGAAGAGUGCACCAGCUCCUGGUGUCAUCCUUAGAAAAGUUGAGAGAAGGUCACGCGCGUCCUCAGUUGUACAACGAGAGUCUAUCGACACUCGAGAGACUGGCAAUAUUGAAAGCUUGGGCAGAGGUUUACGUCGUAGCGAUGAUAAAAGACGGAUCAGCGUUGGAUAAUAGGGAAAUUACGAAUAAAAAUAACAAUCAGGAAAAUAAUGAGGAAGAUGGAGAAGGGUUCGGAGAAUUUGAAUUUCAGAAUGAAAGUCUGCUCAGUCUAGUACAGCCUGAACUUCCGAGUUUGAGCCAACACUGGCUUGCAGCUUUACGAGAUCACGCAUUACUCUCUCUUCCUCCUGAAUUUGCGAGUCAAUUACCACACGAUGGUGGAGCGUUUUAUACAACGGAUACCAUGGAGUUAGCUCGCCCUUACUAUUUAAAUUCGUGGGCCCCAAUUUUGUAUGCUGCGACACUUUGGCUCAACGUUAGAGGCUUUGAAUUAAAUGAGACUACUGAUUUAAAUGCCAAAAAAUCUGAUGGAACUAAUAAUAAUCACACUGUUAAGACUGGCUCGAAUAAAGAACGAUUUCAUUUACUAUAUGGCAUUUGCAUGGAGGCUUUGUGCAGCCCACGUUCUUCUGAAUCCACCCAAAACAUUGAAACUUGUUUAAGUGCUCUGUAUACUUUACUCGACUCCUUGUGGGCUAGGAAAGUUCUUGUUGUCAAUAAAUCUCUUCCAAUUGAACUUUGUAAUGUUCUUCACAGAUUACUAUUAACGAACGAAAUCUAUUCAAUUCAAAUAAUGGUAAUGGAAGUUUUGAAACAAGUUAUAAAAGCAAAUCAAGAAGACUUGACAGAGAGGAAAAAAGCUAAAUUAAGAGAAUUAACGUCGGAUGAUGAUGAAACGAAGGACGUACCUGAGCUAGACUGUCUGGGCGAGGGAGAAGAUGCUUCCGAGCUGAUGCCAGGAAAGUCACUAGUAUUUGCAGUUCUAGAAGUGUGCCUAUGCCUAUUAGUCCGUCAAAUACCACCGUUAAAUCCUAAUCCUGGUGGAGCAACGGCUAUUUUAAGCCAGCGAGGCUACUUGCCCACCGAUGAAAGCGGAAAGCUCAUUGCCGCCGCUUUAUCAGUCAUGGAAACUCUUCCAAAUCUAUGCUCGCCAACUGGAUCCGUCAUGAUUUUACCGACACUUUUGUACCUAACGACUGGUGUUGUUAGGGAAACAGCGGUACGAUCUGAAAACAACUACAUUAAAACUGGUACCGACACGCCGGUACACGCAGCGCUACAUUGCUUGAAGAAUCUUGCCAUUCACAAAUACUCCAGGGAUCCUCGAAGUCAAAAUCAGUGGACCGCGCACUUGCAAAGCGCUCUUGCAAAAAUUAUAGACCUCGCCAAAACUGGGAGUGACGAAACUAAAAUGGACGAGGUUGCCAUGAUGCUGGGCAUAGCUGUUUUCGUACUUCACGCUCUACCAGAAGUCGUCAGUCCACCAAACUUACAGUUCCCAUGUAUAAACCACUUCCGUCUUGUCAUUCAGUCUGAAAAUAUUUAUAUAAGACUCAAAUGCGUGCAAACUCUAAGAACGAUCUUUCUUCAACAAGAUCGCAGUAUAAGUACGCCUUACAUUCACGCACUUGCUCCAAGAAUAGUUGAGUACUUGUACAGUGAUCAGAGCAAGCAAGUAACAAAUGACGAGGAAUUACAAUUCACUUUGGAAUGCAUUACGACGGUCGAUAGUCUCAUCGCAUUAGCAGAACCUACGCGACGUAUCCAAAUACUGACGCUGUUGGUUCCAGUUUUAAUAAAUUAUUUAUUAGAAGGAGAUGAACUUCAAAAAGGCACCAAACAUCAAAUUAGUCUUCAUCAACAUAGCUUCCAGUGGUUAAAUAAGAUUGGACCAAAAUAUCCUCAGGAAUUUAAAACUUUGAUGUCGCAGUCAACGGAGUUGAAGACUAAGCUUGAAAAUGCCGUGCGUUUGACUCAUCAACAACAAGCUCAAAAACAAACGAAAACAUUAGAAACUACUAAGUCUCAACUCAAAGUACCUACACCAUCUAUUACUUUAAAAACAGAUUUUUCGAAUUUCAGUUAAGUUAAUAAAUAAAUUUUAUCCCAACGCUCAAUAUUUUUAAAACCAGUAAAAGGGGUACAUAGGUGAUACAUUGCACAAUGUUGUUAGUUCGUACUGAGCAUUAAA